GCGCGCGCACCGCGCAUGCGCACAUGUUGCGUUUGACAGGUGACCGCCAAAAUUCGAUCAGUGAAAAAUGUAAACAUUGUGUUUUGAUAAAUAAAAAGUUUUCGUAAAAGUACUGUUACGUGUUGUAUUAGAAUGAGCUGGAGGUAUAAAAUUAAAAAUAAAAACACAAAUUGUGUUGCCAGAUGUGAUAUCGUUUACAAUUUGUUGUGAGUGGUGACGAGCAUAUGGGGCAAUGUGUGUCCCGGGAUUAUCCGGGCCCCUAUGAGUUCGCACGGCACUAUGACGUCGAGAGUCUUGCCAGCAGUAUUGGUUCUUCGAGACGAGGUCAUUCCGAGUCAAAGGGGGCUAAGAAGAGAGACAAGAGUGUGAGCAACGGCAACAAGCCCACGCGUGGUGUUGCGACAUCGUUCGGCUUCAGGCGGCGACCAGCCAGCACGUCCCGAGCUGAUGACAAUGCUAGGAAGAAACCGCAUGAUAAGAACGGGAAUGGAGGGUCAACAGAAGAACUUCGGGCGGAGGAGGUUCUUUCAGGACGGUCGACGCCGCUCGCGCGACCCCGCAAGGAGACGGCAGGUCAGCCGCUGCGAACUAAUCGGUUCGGUUUCAGGCAGCAACACAACAAGACGGCGAAGGUGGGAGAUGUGAGCGCGACCGCAGAACACGCGUUCGGAAAUAAGGAGGCGUUCAAUAAUAAUUUAGAUAAGAAAACCCAGCCGCUCGUACCAACACAAGUAAGCAACGGGGUGACGAACAUAGUGUCGGCGGCCGGUGUCCCCAAACCGGUGACGAAGCAAACCGUCAUACUCACUUACCAAGCACAACAGUAUCCCAGCCAGGAUGGCAGGAAACCCAAAACAGAAGCACCAGUCCGUCAAUCCAGACCACCGUCAGCUUUCGACCAAAAACCACCUGGGAAAUACACCUUCCAAACCAACCAAUUACCAAGACCUCAAUAUCCAGCUGUGAAAACCAUAGAUGCUAAGACUGCGAAACAGGUUGUCAAUAACACGAGGAAGGCGAACGCCGAUGGAUGGAGAGAAGGCGCAGGUUCAGCAGUAUCAAGCGACUCUGGUGUGUACGCGUGCGAGGAUUCCCCGCGCCGUCGCCCGCGCAGUCUGGAGAUGGUGAUGCGAGGCUCGCAUAGCUUCCAUCUUCGUGAACUGCAAGUCGCUGAUUUGGAUAUUAUGGACGAAGCAGUAGUAACAGGCCACACCGUGAUACCCCUCCCCAAACUACCAAGUUCCUUCACCGAGUCACCAGAAGAGCUAUCCCCAUCACCACCCCCGGUUGCCAUGGAAACCCGCUCCCCGAUAUCACCACCACCCGUUGCCAUGGAAACACAGCCAAUGUCCACCCUGGACAGAUAUAGGACGAAACGGCCAAGUAGGAUACAGAAUAUAGAGUAUAAGGAAGAGAAGUUCGUGUUGGAUAGGACUCAAACUGAAGUUUUGGAUAAACAGACAUCAUUCACAAAGCCGUCAAGCGGUGUGGCCUCACCCACAACAGUGGACUCGUCCAAAGAGUCGAGUCCUUCUUGCAAGAGCGAAGAGAACUUCACCAGCGCUUGGCAGAGCCACGCCGCGGGAGAGGCUAUGGCUAACAGAUCACAAGACGACGUGUCCCUCGCACUAAGUGUGUCAAGUUGUGAAGAAGACAAGUCCAAAUUCGAAGUAAAGGAAAAAGAGAAAGAAGUGGAAAUUCCAAAGAAAACAAUACUUAUUGUGGAUGAACCUCCUCACCCGUUGUUGAUGAAAUCGCUGACUUUGAGCCAACAUGACGCGUUACGAAGUUCUAUGAUGGGUUCAAUGACCAGCUCCAACUACAGCACGACAAGCACAUGCACAAACCAAAGCAACGCCCACACUCUAACCCUAACGCUAGAAGAGUCCAAAUUUGACAUGUCAGCUCUAGAAACUUCCACACAGAGUCUGCUAGAUGAUGAAACUUCUCCAGCAGAUAGCCUGAUAUCUUCCACUAGUACUAGCGACUCCAAUAACGAGAUAGUCCAUGAUACGAUAUCCAGCGCUUAUCAGACGGCGAAUACUAAGACUAAGUCGCCGGAACCCAUUGUGGAAGAAGAUAGUGUUGAUGGGGAGAAGAAGGAAUCUAGUUCGGACACAAUAAGCGGUGACAAGAACACAACCCCCCCGUCCCCGGGGACUCCCACACACGCGUCCAACUCACUCUCACUGUCUGAUGGGAGAGAUUUCUUUGAUGAUGAGAUUGCUGACCAACCGGCUUUGUUGUUUAGGAAAAAUACCCACGGAAGUCCCACAGUGAAGCGAGCGGAUUCAGACGUCGGCAAACAGUUAAGAAGAUCAAAGGAGCACUUAAUGUCUAGUCCAUUAGCAAGGAGAAGUCCUAAAAUGAAUGGCGCUAGAAAUCCGGCAGAGAGAACAGCAUCACUGGACACUUUAUCCAGUUUAGCAUCAGACGACCUGAUGAUGGACAACGACCUGGCGCAGUCCAUCACCAGCCUGCAGAGCGUUGAUGAUUAUAUCGAACGGUUGGAUAGUUCGCUCCGUAGUGGGCUAAACUCCCUGGACGAGAAGCAGCUCCGCCAAGAGCUGUCGUCGUCCACAGCAGCUGUGCGCCAGUGGAGCCAGCUGUUGGAACGGAAUAGUUUACUCGACCGCCAGCUCGCUGCUAUGGCCGCGGGAGGUGAAUCCAGUGGGAGUACAGCCAGUUUGAGUAAUAUUGGGGCCAGUCUACCAAUCAGGAGCGCGCGUUUACUCCAACGGUCGCGCACGCAGACGCCAUCUGACGCCGGUAUAAGCGAUGGCAGCGGGUCCCCCGCGGCCCCCUCCACGCUGUUACAGGACGUCGUGGACAUCAAAACGCUGCUGUUGCAGCUGAAACGGGUCUUACAGGAGCCCGGGGAGGAGCACAAUACGAUGAGUAGCGAAACUCUCGACCCGUUGCUAGCGGCGUGCGCGGAGAGCCCCGCGCGCGGCAACGGGCGCCGCCCCCCCGCCUCGCCGCUGCACCCCGACGCCUGCGCCGAGAUGCGGCGACAGAUUGUCUAUCUGCAGAGCCAGCUCGAGGAGCGCGACCGUCUGGUCCGCGUGCUGCAGCAGCAGAUGCUGCGCAUGGCGGAGGGCCACGAGCCGCGCGCAGACGACACCUGCAACGUCGCCACGCAGACGGAUAGGUUGCGGCCACCGAUGGGUUCAACACUUACCAGUUCUGAUAAUUCCGGAUUAGUGAGUUGGAAUGAACAAGGGAGCGGAAGAAAGCUGCCGUUAUACAGUGAAGCACAAAAGACAAAGAGACCUGUUACCAACGGGCUAGUGAAAUGUCAGUGCGGUGCGAGAAAUGUGAACGGACUUGACGACAACGUACAGACAGACAGACAGACACGGGACGCCAUACAUCUCAAGCCGAACAGCCGGGUCGGAACCAAAUACCUACAAGCCGUAGCCGGGAAUACCGAGAGGAGAUACGUCAAGAGAGACUCCUCGUUAGGAGAGAAAUCGGAUAGAAGAAACCUGUAUGCAAACAGAUCUCGCUCGAUAGAAAACUUCCAGAACCAGAACUAUUCGACAGCAGAACCCUUGCUGUCCAAAACGGCCGUCAUAGAAGAGACCACGAUGAAACAUCACACUUCAUACGGGGAUCUGUAUAAUGGAAGGAUCGGGAGUAGAGAAAGCGUGAACAGACACAGUCCCAGCUUAAACGGACAGUCAACAGAUACAGACUAUAGCUCAGAUGGAGGCUACAAGUCUCUGCCCUCGUCCAUAAACUACGGAUCCCCGAAAAAAGUCAGCGGAAUUCCGAGGAGAUCGCUCGAACAAAAAUUCAUAUCGACGAAGCAAAUCCGAGCGAGCGCGGUCUGAAAUUGUUCUAGAACAUUCUGGAAAUUUCUCUUGAACGAAAUCGUUGAAUUGUAUCUCUGAUCUCGGGUCAAAGACUGGUCCUAGGGUCGCCGCUUCUGCCCUAACUUGACAAUAUUAAAGAGAUAAUUUAUUGCACAUAAAUAGCAUUUUCGUGUAGCGUAAGCUUUGCCGACAUUUAGCGAGUUUUGUAAUAUGGCGACUCCAUUGGUGCAUAUCGUGAAGACCCCGGGGCGCCAUUGUCACAAGGCUUACUCGCAUUCGUUUCGCGACGCUAAUGUUAAGUUAAAGAUGCCAAAAUGUUUGCUUAUGCAAUUUAUUUUUUACUUGACUUGAAAUCGAUUAUUUCAGAAGUGUUUGCGUUUCGCAAUUUUCCUUUGUACAUGACACCUGUAUCAUACGUAGGAUAUCGGGAGUAUUCCAUAGUUUAAUUUAUAUACGGGCGAAAAUUAUCUUAGAUUUUCUAUGAUAGACAAAGUAGUUGAUAAUGCUGUUAUGUGAUAAGAGUGGCUGUAAGUUCUUUUUUUCGUUAUUUUAUAAUCGUCUAAUCCUCAAUGUACUAUGAAAAUGUAUUUGUAAUCGGUAGUUAGGUAUCAAAUAGGUACAAAGUUGUAUUCCUUGUCAUUGCAUUUGUUGAUUACUGGAAAAUAAAAUUUAAGGGAGGGCUAGGAGAAGGAUAAACUUUAUUUUUUUAAGAGAAUAAUAGCAGAUUAUUAAUGAAAUAUAUCGCGAGCGGGCUUGCGCAUUUAUAACUCUUUCUACCUUAAUAACCCCGCAAUAUUUUGUGGUUUAAUUUUACUAAAAAAAAUGAAAUAAAUAUUUAUAAAAAAAGCCCCCCCUUAUUCUAGCCAUCUCUUAGACUAUAUAAUCAUGCCUAUUAAAUAAUAUUAUCUUGUAUAGAUAUAUUUUCCGCAUUGCCUAAUUUAAGUCCUAUUGAUACCUAUUUAUGAAAUAUUAGUAUGCAUUUUGUGUACUUAACGCUAUUAACAGCAAAAUUAUGUUAUUGUACAUUUCUCCUCAUAAGUGAAAACCCAGUAGCUUUAGUAAAAUAUAUAUUAUCAUUAAUUUAAAAAUCAAAUUGUUUCAAUAAAUAACUUUAAUUUUG